GUACCUCAAUGAACUUGUAUCAUCAUCUCUGCCUACGACAUCAACUGCUAUGCACUUGUACUUGACCCCCUCCUCCCUCCCUUUCGACAACUACCCUCCCCCAGCACCCCACCCUCGUCGUACCUACCCCUUCUCGGCGCGCUCGUUGUCGCCCUGCCAUUCCCCACCGUUUGACAACCUUCCCCCAUCGCCUUUGCCGCAUUCUCUCGGCGCUUCCUCGCCCCCCUCCCUUUCGCCAACUACCCUCCCCCAUCACCUCACUCUCGUCGUAGGCACCCAUUCCCAGCUCGCCCACGAUCGCACUGCCAUCCCUCAUCGUCGACUAACGCUCCUUGGUCGUCUCCAAGGUCCCCACCCUCGCCUUCACCACCUUCUCCUCGUGCUCCCCCAACCCCUCCUCAGCAACUGCCCUCCCCUAUCACCCAUUCCUUACAUCGCUCAUCGUCCCUAUACUAUUCCCCAUCAUCUGGCCGCCUCCCAACGUCUCCUCCGAGUCCCCUACCCUCGCCUUAGCCACCUUCUCCUCGUGCACCCCACCCCCUACUCCUCGGCAACUGCCCUCCCCCAUCCCCCAUCACCCAUCGUACCCACCCAUUCCCAGCUGUCCCAUCGUCGCUCUACCAUUCCCCGUCUCCCGCGACCCUCCGCAAUCCCCUCCGAGGCCCUUCCCUUCGACUUCACCCCCUUCUCCUCCCCUCCCUCUCUAUCUCUCGCUCUCUCCGUGUCGCUGAUAGUCUCGCAGAUGGCCCUCUGGUGUCGUGAUUUUCUAUGCGAAGCUGCGCCGCCUUCGACGAGAUCCUCGGUGCUCUUCGAAGCGAUGGGGAGGGGGGCUGGCCUAUGCGAGUGGGGGAGGGGGAGGGGCGUUCUCGAGGUGCGCUUCGUCGGUGGCCUGAGCGUCGACGCGUACGAUGCCGUGUCGUCGCGCAUGAGCUGCGACGUAGUCCGAGUCCUCGUGAGUUGCGUCUUCGGGCGCGGGUGGCCGACAGGUGGGGGGAGGAGGGGGAUCUUCGCGAAGGGGGACGAGGGAGGGGGGAUUACUUGGCCUUGAACUCGAUCUUCGCAACCUCGAGCGCCGUCGCUAUGUUCGUUAAGAUGCGAGGGAGAGGGUGGGGAGGUGCAUCUUUGUCUCCCCGAGAUCAUGCCUUCGCCGUCCUCUCGA